UUUUUUUUUUCUCUCUCUCUCAUAUACAUACAUUCUUUCUUAUUAUCUUGAUCUUCCAUAUGGUAUCAACGAUUGUAAAAACGAACAAGAAAUGUGUUAAUGGAAGUGCAAAAGGGAAUCAUAAAGAAAGAAAAUCAUCAAGGUACGAACGCAAGAUCAACAAGGCGAAACUGAAGGCCCGGGAAGAAAUCGAUCUCUUUGAAUGGAACAAAUGGCAGUUUGCCAAAAAGGAUUUUUGGAUCGAUCCUUUUGUUGAUACUGUGCCUCGCAUUGAUUGUCGUCAGGUAUCCAAACAAGAAUUCAUAGACAAUUUUGAAACACCCAACAUACCCGUUGUCCUUAUUCAUGGAACUGAUCAUUGGAAAGCGCAUACCUCUUGGACUGAAAAGUACUUUUCGGAUCGAUAUGGUAAGGACCUUUAUAAAGUGGGGGAAGAUAAUGAAGGCAACAAUGUAUAUAUGAAAAUGAAACAUUUUCUUCAUUAUUGUCAUCAUGAUGCCAAAAAGGACGACUCUCCAUUAUAUAUUUUUGAUAGUGGAUUUUACAAGGAUCGAAAAAAGAAGAAACCACAACAAUCUAGCUCUUCCUCUGAUAAUGAUGAUGAUGAUAAAAUGAAAGAACAACAUUUGGAUUCCGGCUCAUUAUUGGAUGAUUAUGAAGUACCAGAUUAUUUUGCAGAUGAUUUAUUCAAAUUAGCAGGUAGUCAAAGAAGACCUCCUUAUCGAUGGUUGGUGAUAGGUGAAGCUCGUAGUGGUACUGGUAUCCACACAGAUCCUCUUGGUACAUCUGCUUGGAACGCUUUACUGAAAGGACAUAAACGAUGGGCGCUCUUUCCUCCUAAUACUCCCAAAAAUAUUGUUGAUCCACCUAUGAAGCCAUAUGAUCAUGAAGGUGUAUCAUGGUUUAGUCAAGUCUUUCCCAAGUUCCAUAUGCGUGAUGAUCCUACUGAUGUACGUACUUUGGGACAACGUUUGGGUAUGGUUGAAGUAUUACAACGACCUGGUGAAAUCAUUUUUGUCCCUGGUGGAUGGCAUCAUGUUGUCAUGAAUCUUGAUAUGACCAUCGCUGUUACACAGAAUUUUUGCUCACCUACCAAUGCUGAAUAUGUAUAUUUAUCCACUCGACAUUCACGACCCAAAUUAGGUGCUAGACUUUAUCGACGAUUACAAAAAUUAGGUAACAAGUAUCCGGAUAGUAUUUAUGCAAAAGUGGCGGCCCAGUUGAGAACGUUACAACAUACACCACAGAUACCACCAAGUAGCAGUGACAGUAGUUCAUCUAGUAGUACAAGUAGCAGUAGCGGAUCAUCAUCAUCCUCCUCCAUCGAUACAUACAUUACAUUACCAACAACCUCAUCAACAACCACUAAAAAAUUAACAAAAAGGAAAAGAAAAUUGAUCAUCAGCAGUACUGAAUCAGAAACGGAUCUUAGUGAUGGAACCUGUAUGUGUCUAAAAUGCAAAAGGAAACGGAAAAAAGAAAGAAUCAAGAAAAAUGGAGCAAGUCCCUCAAAAUCAACAAGUGAUUCGUAGUUUAGAUCUACAUACUAUAUAUAUAUUUUUAGAUUAGUUUAUAUUGUGGACAACCUUUUUUUUUUUUUUGAUUUAGUAUUAUCUCUAC